AUGGCUUCUGAGGUUCGACAUCUGAUCGAGGAACAGAUAGACAGAACGGGGAUGUAUUCAAUGCUCAUCGAUGAGUGCAAAGAUAAUGCGGGGCAUGAAGAGCUAUCGACUUGUUUUAGGUUUGUAAAUGACGAAGGACGAAUUGAAGAACGAUAUUAUGAUCUUGUUAGACUUAAAGAGACUGAUGAAACCAUUGUGAAUGAAGGAGUUUUGCCAACAAGUAAAAAACUGAGCUUGUCGGCCACUCUCCUUGCACUUGGAGCAGAUGGCGCAUCUGUUAUGAGCGGAUGUUACGAAGGUGUUGCUGCUAAACUGAAGAGAUAUUAUCCUUGGUUGAUUUAUGUUCACUGUGCUGCGCACCGUCUGAAUUUGAUUGUAGCGGCUUAUUUUCGCACAGUCAAUGAAGCAUGUAGUGUAAUAAAUGUCUACAAGGCUUUGCAUAUCAUUUUCAACGUCGCUGGCAACAGAGAAAUAUUCGAAGCUGUUCAAAAGGAGCUUUAUCCGAAACAGCCCAUAAUGGCGGCUUCCUCCCUUACAGAAGUUCGAUGGGCUUGUAAGUUUGAAGGUGUUAAUACAAUGGUUAAAAGACUUAAAGCGAUUCUCGUAAGCCUUCAAAAGAUCGGCGCUUCAAAUUCGAACCAAGCCGAUUCAGCAGCGGGACUCUACCACAAGAUUCUCUCGGGAAAAUUUGUAAUUUCCCUAUGCUUUCUUCAUCAGCUUUUGUCAAUAAUGCAUGGAUUAAGUAAGGCUAUGCAAGAGACCAAUGUCAAAUGGCUAAACAUAGCCAAUGAAAUGGUGGCUGUAAAGAAGCUUCUUGUUGAGAUUGAAACCAACGAUAUCAUUGAAUCAGCCAAACAGCUAUGUGCAACUGUGAACAUCACGUUGGACUACAAGGAACCCGUGCAUGUUUCCAGACAAGAUUCCACAGAAUCUGCAUGCCCUCGCGAGUUCUGUGAACGUCUCAGGGCAGCUUCUGUUCCCAUGCUCCUCCAAGAGUUGGAACGACGUUUCUCUGGCGAGAAUACCGAGGUACUGGCUGCUCUGGAGGCUUUAGAUGCGUCAAAAUCGACCUACCUAGAUUAUGCGACCCUAUCCAGUCUCGUUGCCAAAUUUGGAGAUUGUCUCCAUAUUGACUCUACCUUGCUUAAAACCGAGUGCGAACGGGCGAAGAUUCUAAUUGCUGCCGGAAAGAACAUCGAUCCUGAACUGUACCCCAACUUAUCCAAGGUGAUUGCUAUAUUAAAGACCUUGCCAGUUGGUACUGCAACCGUGGAAAGAAGCUUCAGUGCUAUGAAUCGGAUAUUGAGCUGGGCUCGUAAUAGCUUAGACAGUUCGUUGGCUAGUGACUUUAUGUUGCUAUCCAUGAAUAAAGACCUGUUAAAAAGAAUAAACUUGGACAAAGUGCUUGAUCGAUGGGUAAAUCAAAAAUCCCGAAUCGUACAGUUUAAGUAA